AUGUUCAAACUCAGCGACAAAUUCCACGAGAUCAGGGGCAAUUACUACGGCAAACGAUUUCUGCCCUCUACGGUAGAGUACGCGCUAGACUACAAACCCCGUUCCCGGGAUCGUAUCAUGCUCACUUAUCCAAAGUCGGGCACGUGGUGGGCCGAGUUCAUCGUAACCCAGCUAAUGGCCCAGGGUCGCAAACCAGACACCAACGAGCUAUUUUACCGUAAAUACUUUCUUGAAUAUCACGGUAAGGCGCUGUUGGACAGGGAGGUUGGCAAGUCUUCUAAAGAAUUGGGCGAGGUCACUUUCAUCAGAAGUCACCUGGCCUUUAAGCUGUUCCCGUACCGCCCGGAGCCCCGGUAUCUGUUGCUGUUGCGCAACCCUAAAGAUGUUUGCGUUUCGUUUUACUUGUAUUUCAAAGAGGUAUUUGAGAUGGAGAUUGACUUUAAAGAGUAUUUUAAACUAUGGAUUAGCGGCAAAUCUGAGCUACCGUUUGGUGACUACUUCGAAGCGGUGCGGGACUAUUGGUCGCACCGGGACGACCCAAAUUGCACCCUGGUCAUUUACGAGUAUAUGCUGGCCAAUCCGGCACAGGGUGUCCGACAAAUAGCCUCAUUCCUAGGACCCAAAUACGUGGCCCGACUUAAUGAGCGGGAGAGCGACACCGGGGAAUCCCUAUUGGAACAGGUUGUUCGGGAAUCUAGUUUUAACGCUAUGAAAGGGUCGCUGAAUAAAUCGGAUCCACAUUUCCGGUCGGGAAAAGCCGGUGACUGGAGAUCGCAUUUGAAUCGCCCCGAGAGUGACGCCAUCGACGCCCGGGCGGCUCAGGUCUGGGCCGGCACAGGCCUGCUUGAGCUCUGGAAACGCGAAAUGGACUGGUAA